UCCUCGACUCAUCAAGUUGUUACACGGUGUCAGAAGUUGGAUGCUGCAGAUUCUGCAGAUUCAAGGACCAUGGACCAGCUCAAGCCGCCAGAACAGCUCCUGAUCAACUCUCCCAACAAGGCGGACGCGUGGAGGCAGUUCAAACAUGCGUUUGAAAUGUAUUUAAGUGCCUCUGGACUCAAGGACAAGGAUGGCGCCACCCAAGCCUAGGUAUUCCUCCAAGUCAUAGGAGAAGAUAGCCUGAAAGUGUACCAAACAUUGCAGUUUGACACAGAGGAGGACAAGAAGGACAUCGACAAACUGACGGAGAAAUUCGAAGAAUUCUGCAUCCGGAAAGCAAAUUCAACAAUGGACCCAUGCUUCUCGUUCACCCGGAAACAGGAAGAAAAUGAAGACAUUGACUCAAUGCCGAGCAACAAGAAAGGUCUACUGGAGAGGCUGGCCGAGGGAGUAGUGAUUGGCGAUGGCGGUAUGAUCUGGGCCAUGGAGCUGAAGGGUUACGCGGAGGCUGGUAAAUACACUCCAGAAGCGGCCGUGGAACAUCCGGAAGCAGUUUUGCAGAUGCACCGUGAGUUUGUGCACAACGGUGCUGAAGUACUACAGACCUGCACAUUCUGGUCGUCAAAACUUGAAGAAGAGACGGUAGAGGGUGUUUCUGUCAACGAUGCGGCCUGCGCCCUGGCUCUUAAGGCAGCCAAAGAAGCCAGUGAUCCAAUUUUAGUUGCAGGAAGUGUGACCAAAACUGACCUGUACGAGCAAGGCGAGAGCAAAGAGGUGGUGCAGGCGGAGUUUCGCCGCCAGCUCGACUUCUACGUCAGAAACGACUUUGACUUUGUCAUAGCAGAGUUCUUUGAUCAUGUACUGGAGGCAGAAUGGGCUGUGGAGGUGCUGAAGGAGUCCGGUAAGCCUGUCCUGGCCACCGUCUGCAUUGGACCGGAGGGCGACGCCGACUCAUUUUCGCCCGAGCAGUGCGCCCUUCGCUUGGCACGCGCCGGUGCUGAUGUGGUCGGCGUCAACUGCCGCUUCGGUCCCCAGACGUGUCUCAAGACGGUAGCGAUGAUGAAGAGAGCAUUGAAACUGGCUAAACUUGAUCACGUCUACCUCGCUGUGCAACCAUAUGGUUACCACACACCAGAUGCACCUAUCAACGGAUACAGUGGCAUGAAGGAAUUCCCUUUCGCUAUGGAUGCCCGAGUAAUGACUCGCAUUGAUGCUUAUAACUAUGCCAAAGAGGCAAGUAAGCUGGGUGUACGCUAUAUCGGAGGCUGCUGCGGAUUUGAGGGACGCCAUAUACGAUCCAUGUCUGAGGCACUUCAAGGGAAAACUGGUCGCAUUGCUCCUGUCACCAAACGCUAUGGGAAGUGGAUCAAUACUUAUGCAGAUAAGGAUGAUGAGAGAGCUGAUGCAAAGCACUGGCUGGAGAUGAAACCAGCAACUGGUCGUCCAAAAAGUUCAGCAAUGUCAGAAAGUGUCAAGUACAGCUAGGUUGCGAUUUACUCUCAUUUCGUUCCCCUGAGUCCAUGGAGAUGAGGACACUUCAGCAAGUCUGGCGCUUCUGAUGCUGUGCUGUAUCUGCAUGUAGUCAGUGAAAUUCAGCACUCACUCUAUAUGUAUGUUAGGACUAACAUGAAUACUAGCCGAUAGCAAUGUCUAAUCUCUGGAGUCUGCUCUUAGAACAAUUUUACUCUUGCCCUUCCACUCCAUUUCACAGUAUCCUGACAUCAGAUUCUAUCUUUCACAUAAUGAACCUGACCUGGAAAGUAGGUAAUCUAAACACUCACACCAAUUUGUCUAGUCCUUCGUGCUAUACAUGCUGCUAGUGCUGCAACCAACAACAACACCUCUAUUAUACGAGCAUCAUCAGUGUAGUAGACAUGCAUGGUGUAUUCACUCAACUCUUUAACUGUGACAGGGCCUCUGGUAUGACCACAGGGUCCGGAUCAUGUUACUUCUGAAGUAUGAACAUAAUAAUCUAAGCUAGUCUCUCUAUGUUCGUUUGUGUAGUAUGGCAACGCUGCUGCCCCUUGUGCCUAAAUGUGUUUUGUCCCCUUCUUGUUUAUUAUUUUCUCUUUAACUGUGACAGGGCCUCUGGUAUGACCACAGGGUCCGGAUCAUGUUACUUCUGAAGUAUGAACAUAAUAAUCUAAGCUAGUCUCUCUAUGUUCGUUUGUGUAGUGUGGCAACGCUGCUGCCACUUGUGCCUAAAUGUGUUUUGUCCCCUUCUUGUUUAUUAUAUUAAAAUUUUAUUAUUGUUAUCAUUCGUUCUCACUUUUGUUGUUGUUGCUCAUACACACUUGUCACGCUUAGUUCUUACUUGUGUUCUCUUAUUUUACUUUUAAUUAAAUCUACUUCAAGAACUUAUAUCACACUAACGUACCCAACUCGA